AUGGAAUUUACACAGCAGACGAGAAAGGCAUAUAACAACCCCAAAUACCCGAGAGAGUCGCACUGGGCUGCGUCUAAUUCAAUCCUGCCAACUUCCCUGCACAGCGCACGGCCCGUUCGCUCCCCCCCCCCCCCCCCCCCCCAGCCAUCCCGGCACCUCAAAGUUUUCCCUACGCCGUACUUGGCCUUGCCGACCUCACCGAGAGGGAACCGAGACCGGUCAGCGCCGCCACCGCGGCCAGUCCCCAGGAAUCUCCCCAAAUCUCCGAGACGCAGGCGGGACACCUCUCCGCGGACCAGAGGGCAGCGGGACCGCGCCUCUCUGCAGCCGCGCGGGCAGGUAGGCACCCGGGACCCGGGGGUCAGGACGACCCUCGCCCGCAAGCCCCGGGCCUCCGGGAGAGUCACCCGGGGGCCCGCCCUGCGCGCCCGGCCGGGGCUCCCCGCGCCGCGCCCCGCCUCCGGGGGGACCCGGGACCGCGGACAGAGGCUGCCGAGACCCAGCGGGCGCCCUGCGCCAGGUCCUCCCGCGGCUCACCUGAGAGUGUCGCCUCCGCCCUCGGCUCCCACGGUGCAUCCCGCGGGGCCUGGCGGAGGGUGCGGUGACGCCGCCCCGACCGGCCCCAGGGCUGCCCGGCCUGUGGCCUCCCCGCUCCGGGGACGCACCGAGUGCCCGCCUCGCACCGGCCCCCGGGCUCCGCCGGUCAGCAGGGCAGGAAGGCGAGGCGGAGGGCGGCCUCCCUGCCCCCGCGGCGAGCCAGCCCCUGAGCUGCGGCGCUCUGCAGUUCCCGCUGGCGCAGCGCUGGCCCCGCUCCCCCCUCCGCCCGGGAGUCACUUCGGCAGCGGCGGCCCAGUCGCCAUUACAGCCCAACAACUGACACGGAGGAGGAGCGGCGCCGGCAGCGGCGGCGGUGGCGGCGGCGCGAGGCAGGGCGGGAGCAGUCGCGGCCCAGGCAAGCCUCGCGAGAACUGUCCCGAGUCGGCUCCUCAGGAAUGCAACCUUCGACGGCGGCCACGUUUAGUGUGGCCAGAAGGCGGGCGCGAGGCUCUUCGCAUAGUGUGAUACUGACACCCCUGCAGUGGGAGAUGGAGUCUGUGUUUCCUCCUCUGGAGCCUGGUGAGACCUUUGUAACUCCCUCAAACAGUAGACCAGCAGAAGGGCACACAGCAGUGUGUCCUCAGAGGCGAGGUCAUCAAAAGCAAUACGGAUUCUGCUUUGUGCUGUCUCCAGGGACACACUGGGAAUUCUGAUCCGACAUAAAAGAAGUUCGCUGGAAGCUGCCCCGCUGGAAUGCCACAUGCCAAGAAACCCCAGGGACCCCUGGUCUCAAUUAGCUCAAGUCUUCCUGGCACUGCCUGCCAGGCUCACGAUGCAGUGGUGGGUCUAGUCUCCAGCUAUGUUAGUCAGUGCCCUCCUGAGAAACUCAAGCAUUGUGGAGGCUGACCAGUCCAACCUCUGCAGGGGAGACAGCCAGUGAGAGAUCUGGGGGGAAGCCGACGUUGCAAGCUCAAGUCCAAAGGCAGUCUGCUAUUUCCUCAGUCUUUUCUCUGAAGUCCUUCAACAGGUUGGACGGUGCCCGUUCGCAUUGUGGAGGGUAAUCUUCAUACUCAAAGUCUACCUUAAAAACAGCAACAAAAUAGCACUACCUUUACAGCAACAUCUGGAUUGAUGUUUGACCAAAUAUCUGGGUAUCGUGAACUAACCAGAUUGACACAUGACAUUAACUAUGACACCAGCCUGCAAGUCAUCCCAGCUAACACCAGCUGGAGCCAAGGUACAUUGCUCCACCAAGUCCUACCCUCAUGUGGACUUGUACGUAAACAUUGUCAUUUUGAGCCACCAAGUUUCAGGAUAAUUCGCUGUGCAGCAUAUGUACCCAGAAGUGGUAUUUGUAAACUCUAGUGACUGUUUGCAUACGCAUUUGUUAUUUCAUUUACCUUUAGGUGCACAUUCGUGUUGGGAAGGAUUAAUACCAAAAUGUAACUAACCAGUAAGAAUGGGAGCCAAUCAGAGUGUAGCAGGAUGAG